UUGUGCAAGACGGAGGGCAGGGAGAGGUUCUGCAAACGGAAGGGGAUGAACAGGAAGAGCACGGGCCGUGCAUACAGAGGGGGGGAAACUGCAGGCUGUGUGGAUUUUUCUAAAUGUAUUUAUGCACCUCGUCUCUCUUCCGCCUAUGUUAAUGAUUUGUGUUAGCUAUGUAAAUGUCCCUUUAGUUUAUUGGCGCCACCGUCAGCUCUCCCUUCUACCUCAACAGUAAGCGUAUUAUCAAGCUAUCUUGACUGUAUCCAGCCUGCCACUGAACUUCCCGUCACUGAGAAGAACGCAGACGGAAAGAUCGAGCAGCUGAAUAGGAAACAUAGGGGUUGUCAAUGAGAAUACAGUUCAAUCUACACGGAGACCAGACGGAUAGACAAAUCGAUAUCAUUGUCUUUUAGUCGACUAGACGGGUCUGGACUGGCUUGCUUACCAACCUGCGUUGUAUUCCUUGCUGAGCACCCAGCUGCAGUUUGCCCCACUCGUCGAGGCUCGAGACAACCACUGGUGGGGGGUUUAAUGGGAUCCUUGUUUCAAUAGAACUCCCUUCUCCCACCCCCCGACGGACCUUCGCUCGAAUCCGACUCGGGCGCCCACUUCCCCGGGGGGUGCCGGUUUUUGCUCAGUCUGACUGGGGAAGGAGGGCGCCCCCCCCCCCAGCAUUGACUGUCGCUCUGGCCGACCCUAGUGGAGCCUAAUAUGGCAGGAAAUCUGAAGAAAGGCGGAGGACUGAUCGGGAUGAUGAAGGACGCGUUUCAGCCUCAUCACCACCUCCAUUCCCAUCACCAACCUGGGGCCGUGGACAAAAAGACGGUGGAGAAAUGCUGGAAACUAAUGGACAAGGUGGUGAGACUGUGCCAGAACCCCAAGCUGGCCCUGAAGAACAGCCCACCUUACAUCCUGGACCUGCUGCCAGACACMUACCAGCACCUCCGCACCAUCCUGUCCCGCUACGAGGGCAAGAUGGAGACGCUCGGCGACAACGAGUAUUUCCGCGUCUUCAUGGAGAACCUGACCAAGAAGACCAAGCAGACCAUCAGCCUUUUCAAGGAGGGCAAGGAGCGCAUGUACGAGGAGAACUCGCAGCCCAGACGGAACCUGACCAAGUUGUCGCUGAUCUUCAGUCACAUGCUGGCCGAGCUCAAAGCCAUCUUCCCCAACGGCCUGUUCCAGGGGGAUAACUUCCGAAUCACCAAGGCUGACGCCGCCGAGUUCUGGAGAAGAUCGUUUGGGGACAAGACUAUAGUGCCUUGGAAGGUGUUCCGGCAGGCACUGCACGAGUUCCACCCCAUCAGCUCGGGCCUGGAAGCCAUGGCCCUCAAGUCCACCAUCGACCUCGCCUGCAACGACUACAUCUCCGUCUUCGAGUUUGACAUCUUCACCAGGCUCUUCCAGCCUUGGUCAUCUCUGCUGAGGAACUGGAACAGCCUGGCGGUGACUCAUUCGGGCUACAUGGCCUUCCUCACCUACGAUGAGGUCAAGGCCCGGCUGCAGAAGUUCAUCCACAAACCUGGCAGCUAUAUCUUCAGGCUGAGCUGCACGCGGCUGGGCCAGUGGGCCAUCGGCUACGUCACUGCAGAUGGGAACAUCCUGCAGACCAUCCCCCACAACAAGCCCCUCUUCCAGGCCCUCAUCGACGGCUUCCGGGAAGGAUUCUACCUGUUCCCCGACGGGCGCACCCAGAACCCAGACCUCACGGGACUGUGUGAGCCCUCGCCACAAGACCAUAUCAAAGUCACACAGGAGCAAUAUGAGCUGUACUGUGAGAUGGGCUCCACUUUCCAGCUGUGUAAGAUCUGUGCGGAGAACGACAAGGACGUGAAGAUCGAGCCCUGCGGUCACCUCAUGUGUACCUCCUGUCUCACCGCCUGGCAGGAGUCGGAGGGUCAGGGCUGCCCAUUCUGCCGGUGUGAGAUCAAGGGCACGGAGCCCAUCGUGGUUGACCCCUUUGACCCCAAGGACCCCGUAGGGGGCUCCUAUGGGAGCAGCAGGGGUAUUUUCGGGGCGGAGGGUGCCCCGUCGCCCAGCUACGACGAAGACGACGACGACCGGCUGGAAGACCCCCACAUCAUGAUGAGCAAGCUGGCCUGUUCCAAGGUGGAGCGUCCCCCCUCGCCCAUGUCCCUGGCGCCSCAGUCCUCCCUGCCCCCCGUGCCCCCCCGCCUUGACCUCCUGCAGCACCGACCGCCCAACCCCCCAGGAGCAUCCAGCCCAGGGGCCACAUCCAAGGCGUCCUCCCACCACAAGGACAAGCCUCUCCCCCUGCCCCCAGCCCUGAGGGACCUGCCACCCCCUCCUCCCCCAGACAGACCUCUCUCUGCCGGGCCUGACGGGUGGCUCGGCAGACGUCCCCUACCCUGCACCCCCCUGGGGGAGCCCAAGCUKCCCCCGGCCCCGCCCAACCGCAACCUGGCCGACUGGAACCCCAGGCCAGUGCCCAAGGCCCCCGGACAGCCACCCGUUGUGGGAGACACGCGGGGGGUCCGGGAGCUCUCCAACAGACACUCGCUCCCCCUGGCCCUACCCUCAGCGCUAGACGGAUGCACAGACGGACAGCGGAACAACAGCUCGCUCAGUCUGGAUCAUCAGCUGGAGAAGGGAGCCCAGAGUUUUGGAGGCACGGCGUCUGGCAGUCAGGCGUAUGACAACCCCAAAGUGAAGCCGUCAGUCUCGGCCAAUGCCAUCUAUGCUCUGUCAACAAGAGCCCAUCCAGGUCUGAAGCCAGUGGCUGGGGAGGAGGCCUACGAGAGUGACGAGGAGUCCGACUACAUGAUCCCCACCUCUCGGCCCGUCCUGGCCCCCAUGGCAGCUCCCCUUGUGGUGGCAGAGACCCCAGUCCCCAAACCUCCCCAGCCUACCUCUCUCAACUCAUGGCCCAUGCUGAAUGACCUGGAUGAAGGACCUCAAAUGUAUGAAGCCAUGUAUAACGUCCAGGCCCAGGCUCACCUGGCCAGAGACUCGGAUUACUCUGAGCUGCCCCCCUUGGCCAGUACCAAUUGUCCCAUCUGGGAGAUCCCCUGCCCGGUCCGGGAGCCCCCUGAGGAGGUAGUGGAGGAAAACGGCUACGACAUCCCCAAACCAGUGUUGCCCAUGGCCCCUGCCCGACGCACCCUGUCCGAGCUGGGGGCCACUUCCAGCGCCGCCAUCAGCCGUCUCUCCAUGGAAAGCGAGCCCGGAGCAUCCGCCUGUAAGGCCUUCUCAGAUUCCAGCGACGCCCCAGAGCGGCCGCCCAAGCCCCUCCCCCGCCGCAUCAACUCCGACCCCCGGCCCAGCCCCAUACCUCCUGGAUUAGGCGGUGGUGGUGGUGGUGGUGGUGGUGGUGGUGGAGGAGGUGGUGGAGGAGUAGCCAACCCCCAGAUCACCAGUGAGAUCGAGCAUCUCAUGAGGCAAGGCUACACCUACCAGGACAUCCAGAAAGCCUUGAUGAUUGCACAGAACAAUAUGGAGAUGGCCAAGAAUAUCUUGCGCGAGUUUGUCUCCAUUCCCUCCACAGCUCACAUUCUUACAUAGUACCUCCUCUGCUCCAGCCCUGCCCAGCUCAGCCCAAAGCCCAUCGCCUGCAGUACUAGCGCUUCAGUGCUAACUGGAGCCCUUGCAGUCUCCUGUCCGGCGCCCUCUCAAAACUAGCUCACUCCGAGCCCUGCGCUUCACUCGCUUUUUUAAGAGUGUCCGGACGCCUUUUGUAAUGUGCUGCAGGGCCACUCUCCAGAUCCCAUGGGGUGAAGUGAUGAUGAUGAUGAUGAUGAUGGUGGCUCAUCGCACAACCGGCGCUUCGACGGUCGUUUUCACGUCCUCUCCAGGCCUCUACCGAAAUGUAAUCGACACCUYCCCCCCCAAAAAAACAUGUAUGUGUGUCUAUCUAAGAAUUUAAUAUAUAACUAAAUAUAUAUUAAAUGUGUAUAAUGUAUACAUAUAUAUUUCCAAUGAGUUCCGCUUCGAAGGUCUGUUUUUGUCUUCAUGUUAAGGAUAGAUUGCAGAGGACAAAGAUGGUGAUUCUUUGGGAGAGAGCACCCUUCUAUAGUCCCCGGUCCUCACUUUUGAAGAGAGCGGCGGUCUUCGUUUAGCAUUCAGAAGCAGGCGUUUCCUAGACUCACAGCAGAACAUUUGGCAACAUGUCAAAUAUGGCCUUUAUUAAUAUUGCUUCGGUACUUCUUUGGGGGGGAAAUGAAUGUGUGUGUGGGGUUUGCCUCAAAGUAGCAUGAUGUUAGUGUGGGAUGUCUAGACUGUUGUCUUCAGCUGAGGGUGUGUGUGUGUGUGUCGGGCCAAUGACUUGGCUAGUAGGGUUGGGACAUGUGAUGGCUGACCUAGCUCACUGGUUGACCAUAUGACUUAAAACCCCGGUGAAAAGCAAAGCUGUGUUUGACUGUGUUGUUAUCUAUGUGCAUCAUUUUCUACUGUGGGUGGCAUUGUUUCCUACAUCUAACCACCCCUAAUCAUCUCGUCAGUGAUUUCCAUGACCAGACUGGGAAGCCUGUGUUUUUUUUGUUUUUUCAGUAAGACGUUUUUUAAGAGGCAGUCCUGGCUCUGCUGUCAGAGCUAAUCAAUCGAAGCCAUCUGCGAGGUCCCGGUUGGCCCAUGUCCCAAUCCCUCUUCUAUUCGUGUGCAAAAUGAAUGUGGAAUUAAUAUAUUGCUCAGACGUUUUUUGUUCUUCCUCCAAUGUAGUGCUCUCUUAACAAGAGUCUGAAUGGGAGAGUGAAUGGGAGAGGCAAAGUGUACUGAAAUUUAAUGGUGAGAGAAAAAGGAUUGAUGGAUUCUAAUAAAGGCCCAGUACCCGGGCCAAGAUUCUAUGAUACAUUGAAAACCGCUCAGACAUGAGGAGAGCUUCGUCCGAGAUGUACACCGAAGCUGUUCAGCAUUGUGAAACAAAAUAAUGUGUCAUCGAUUACUUUAAUAAUAUAUUAUUAUUAUGAUCAUUAUUGUUAUUAUUAAUUCAGAAGUGCUUUACUGCUGCUACUAUUGUUAGUGCUAUACAAUUAAGCCUUAAAUGUACAUUUGUGAAUAUUGUUUAACCUGUUUUUUUUAUUUUUUAAAGUGACAGUAUCUCAUUUGUAUUCUUUAUUUGGUGAUGUAGCAUACUUGAAAAUGCAAGCAGCUUGGGUUGUGCAAUUCAAGCUGACUUCAGUUGUUUUCCCAUUUUUAGGAUAGUGUUUGACUGGAUAGCCUUUAGAGGAAUUACGAUGACGUCGUAAGCGGCGCUGUCAGCAUAUUGACCUACGUGGUAGCACCAGCAAAACAAGCAAUGUGAUUGACGAAAAGUAACAGUGUCAUAACUCAUUCAGGAAUCUGUAUGGUAGAUGCCUCCCACUUUUCAAGGGGAGUCUAAUCUAAUCUAGAUUACAAUUGUGCGAGCUUUGUCAUUUAAGGGUCGACUUAAUUGCACAGCUGCAAAAAGCCCAGUAGCUUAGUGAACAAGAACAUGUUGAGAAGCACACCCAAAACAUUGACGAGUUGCAGCCCAAAAAAAAGGAAAAGGGGGGGUGGGGGGAAAGUUGCACAUUCUAUAAAACUCUUUAUUUAUUUUCGUAAACCUUUUCGGUCACACAAUGACGGGGUUCUAAAGAGUAUGACUUUUUCCUAUAGAGAUAUUACAACCAGUGUUUGGGUCAACGCAACAGCAGGGUUUGUGGACCAGUUGGGAAUGUGGCCAUUUUUUAUCUCUGUUUUCGAUUGUUAAACACUCCCUGGUUGAAGGAGGACUAACACAUCUUCCUCUGUAACUAGGGUUGCAAAGUUACUGAAACGUUCCCAAAUUUCCCAGAAUUCCCAGUUGGAGGAUUCCCUGCUUUUACCUCUUGAUUCUAGGAAAAAUGUCCUAUCUGUAACUCAGGAAUACCGUAUGUACCCUAGCCAGACAAGUGACUUCACAUGGACUGUUCCGACUCGGCUUGACUCUAAUGAGUUGGCAACGAAUUGUUAAACUAACCAAUGCACUCAUUGAAUUACAGUAGGGUGCAUCUUGUUCCUGUAUGUCUACAUGGUAGGUCUUCAUUCACUUUGAGUUUUCCUGCGUUUUCAGAUUCAGUGGUUAUAGGGCCUUCGGAGUUUGAACGCAAUCCACAAACCCCUAUUUUUAGGGAGUCCCUACCGAUGAAUAUCCGAAUAUCCACACGUAUUGAAUUUACGAAAGAAGUCUAUUACUAAUUGUCAUCAUUUUGUGCUGACUUCUAUUACAUUGUUGGUUAAAAUGUAAAAAUCUCACUGACUCGCAUUCCUAGAUGUUUUCUCUCCAGGACCGGUACUAUUGAGGUACAUUGGCUUCACCCCUAAAGGUGGGGAAGCUCUGUUAAUGGGAUUGCCGCCAUGGGCUGUAGAAUCACCGUGUAGUAGCUUCUCAACUGUAUCUCACGGUCUCCGGACUGGAAGAGGUUUGUGUGGUGUCUUUUUUUGGUUUCUUUUUCUUCUGUUCCUAGUUGCCUUGAGGGAAACGGUGACGUAACUUCCGAAUGCACCACGUUCAAUAGGGAUUGUGAGGUUUCAGAAUGGAAUCACUUAUCCUUUCAUCUUGAUUUACUGUACUGAUUCUUGUCUAUGUAUGAACAUGUAUGUAUCUAUGUACAGUGCCUUCAGAAAGUAUUCAUACCCCUUGACUUGUUGCAGCCUGAAUUCUAAAUGGAUUACAUAUUUGUU